UACACCAAUGCUUGCUCACAAAAAAUACAGAAGAAAACGACGGAGACUGUCGUCUUCUUUCGGUAGAUGUUGAACCUUUAGUGUUAGUGUAAAAUAAUCAGCAUUAGGACUUUCUGCGACCAGCAUGAGAAGGAUUCGAAACUGACUGUGUUUAUAUAAUAGUCGUGCUAACGUCGAUAAGAAUGGUGGCUGAAUGGAUAGUGUGCCUUGAUAAAAGACCAUAUGAUCGGAGUGGUGAGGAUUUAGAUAUCAUCUAUUCACGAUUAAAAGGUGUUAAAGCUUUUGAGAAGUUUCAUCCAUCGCUGAUGAGGCAGAUAUGUUACUAUGGUUACUAUGAGGAUCUUGAGGCAGGUGUUACGUUAUAUCGGCAAGGAAACAUCGGUACGAACUGGUAUGCUGUUUUAUCAGGUGCGUUAGAGGUGUAUUUUUCUGAAACAGGAAAUCAGAAGGAGUCAAUGUCCAUAUGCAACCUUGGUGUUGGAACUGCGUUUGGUGAAUCCGUUCUUGAUGACUCACCACGUAAUGCAACUGUCGUCACAUGCGAGUACAGUGAGCUUCUCCGAAUUGAACAGAAGGAUUUCAAAAUCUUAUGGGAAAGGAAUAAACAGUUGAUGGAAGGUCUGCUUACACCGUGUCCGCUUCCGAUAUCUAUAUCCGAUCUUUCGGCCGAUGGAGAUGCAACUAUCCAGUGGUUAUCUGGUCAAAACGCCACAAGAAUGAAUCAGAGCACAUCAAGAAAGGGGAAGGAAGGAGCUGACCCCAUACACCCAGCACUUCCACUUGUACAGACCCCCUCUGACAAACUUGCUAGAGCAGGCUCAAUUCUACGCACGGCAAUCCUCACAAGAUCUCCGCAGUUGAUUCGUGAUCGCAAGCUGCACUUGCGUACAUACCGGCGAUGUCUAGUUGGCUCCGAAAUGGUAGAUUGGUUGAUGCAGCAAAGCCCGAUGAGUCUGGUUCAUUCCCGAACUCAAGCUGUUGGCAUGUGGCAGGCACUGCUGGAAGAGGGAGUUGUUGUUCAUGUUUGUUGGGAGCAUCCAUUCCGUGAUAGGGAUCUGUUUUACCGUUUCAGAGAAGACGAUGAAGGUAACAGUACAAUUCCGACAAAUGAAGAUAAACGGGAAGCAGAUGAAACGAUCCAGGAGGUGUUAGUAAUGUUAGUUCAGAUGGGACCAGAUGCAAUGAUGAGAAUGAUUCUUAGAACACCUACGUCACUUAGAGUUUGGCAGCAUGAAGAUCCUCUAGAAAGGAGUCCUGAUGAUCUGGAGAUCAUUUACGAAGAAUUGCUCCACAUCAAAGCCUUGGCACAUCUAUCUACGAUGGUGAAGCGGGAACUGGCAAGUGUUCUUGUCUUUGAAUCGCAUCCAACAGCGGGAACUGUGCUGUUCAAUCAAGGUGAUGACGGAAAGUCUUGGUACAUAAUCUUACACGGUUCAGUGAAUGUUGAGAUCUACGGCAAAGGUGUUGUUUGCACACUCCACGAAGGGGAUGACUUCGGAAAACUAGCCCUGGUCAACGACUCCCCACGUGCUGCCUCCAUUAUCCUGCGGGAGGACAACUGCCAGUUUUUACGUGUCGAUAAAGAUGAUUUUAACCGUAUAUUGCGUGAUGUUGAAGCAAACACAGUACGACUUAAAGAACAUGGAAGAGAUGUACUCGUUCUUGAGAAAAUUCCAACAAAUAGAUUGAAGGCAGCUGAAGGGAAACCAACGCAUUAUAAGUAUUCAGUGAUGGCUGGCACACCUGAGAAGAUGUUAGAACAUUUAUUGGAAACAAGAAUUGAUAGCCAUCAGGAUGAAACGGACACGUUCCUCGAGGAUUUCCUCUUAACCCACAUCGUCUUCAUGCCAAGUAACCAGCUGUGCCCUGCUCUCAUGGAACAUUAUCAUUCGUUAAUGUUGCUGGGCACAGAGCAAGAGAAGCAUGACUACAUGAUGAAUAAUAAACAGCGUGUGCUACGCUUAGUGUGGCAUUGGAGUGUUGUAGCAGGACAUGCCUUCAAAGAGGACGCCACCAUCAUGGCAUUCCUUGAGACACUUUAUUCUGCUGUUGAAGAUGACAGUAAAACAUACCACUUACUCCUCGAGGAACUUAGCAACGUAGAACGCAUCGUGCAGUUCAGGGAUAGCAAUGUAAAAGCGUCACCUUCACGUAGCAAAACUCGUCAUUUUAUGAACUGUAACCAAAGCAACGAGUACUGCACAUCAGAAGGACGUGCACCAAUGAGAAAGCCGAUCAAAGCAUCUGAUGAAAACAUCUUCAAGGUGUACUGUGCUGAUCACACCUACACCACAGUGCGUGUUCCAAUGGACGCCAGCUGUUCCCACGUCGUCCAUCUUGCUUCUGAUAAGUUGUGUGUUGGAAAUGACCUUGUACUUUGUGAAGUCAAAUCAACUGGAGAACGAAUUGUUUUAAAGGAUUCUGACAUUUGUGUGACCUCUAACCUCAGCCUGAAUGGCAAAUUAUUUAUAUCCUCAAGAGAUCAUAUUGAUGCACUGGUACCACUGCCUGAACAAGCAGGGCCAAAGACAAAUUCCAUAGUGACCUUUGAACUGAUGAGUUCUAAAGAAGUUGCAUUUCAGUUGACUUUAUUUGACUGGGAGCUUUUUAACUGCAUUCAUGAGUAUGAAUUAGUGUAUCAUAUAUUUGGUCGGCAUAGAUUUGGCCGCAUUACUGCAAACUUGGAUAUGUUCAUACGCCGAUUUAACGAAGUGCAAUUUUGGGUUGUGUCUGAAAUGUGCCUUACUGCUAGUGUUAACAAACGAGUUAUACUGCUCAAAAAAUUCAUCAAAAUUGCUGCAUAUUGCAAGGAUUACCAAAAUAUGCACUCGUUCUUUGCAAUAGUAAUGGGACUUAGCAAUAUUGCAGUUAGCAGACUUUCUCAAACUUGGGAGAAAUUGCCGAGCAAAUUCAAGAAAAUGUACGCUGACUUUGAAACCACAAUGGAUCCGUCACGGAAUCAUCGUGUUUACCGCCUCGCUGUUGCUAAGCUAGAAUCUCCUCUCAUUCCAUUUAUGCCACUCCUCAUUAAAGACAUGACAUUUGCCCAUGAGGGCAACAAGACCUUUUUCGAUGGUCUCAUCAAUUUUGAAAAGAUGCAUCUCAUUUCGUCAACGAUUCGUGUAAUUAAGUACUGUCGCAGCGAGCCAUUCAUCUGUGAAGCACCGCAACCUGCCAAGAAUGUGAUGGAAAUACAGCAAUUUAUUAGGUCAUUGAAAGUGAUAGAUAACCAAAGAAUACUAACACAGAUGUCACACAAACUGGAGCCUCGAAGGUAGUAUAGAGUGCAAGAGGGGGAGGAGUUGCGGUAGUACAGAAUGCAAUUGUUACACAAGUUCUUCAAUUUUUUAACUAUUAAGAAUAGCCUGUUUUACCAGAGGGUAACAGCAUUCAAUAAUAUUCAAUGAUAGAUUCUCCAAGAACACAUUAUUGAGUGCAGUAGUACAGAGUGCAACUGUUGAUUUGUUAUAUGAGUGCUUCUAUUUUUUAACUAUGAAGAAUAGCGUGUUUUACAAGAGGGUAACAGCAUUCAAUAAUAUUCAAUGAUAGAUUCUCCAAGAACACAUUAUUGAGUACAUUUGGAGUUAAGUGAGGCUUAAAUGCAUGUAAUAUAUACAUUACAUAAAGGUAAAGGUAGGAGAAUAACCCAUAACUUGCAGCGUCACUGUGCUGAAUUGUGUAUGGGCGUGGUCCGUUACUACCUAGCAGCCGUAAAAAAGCACUUCAUGGUAGCUACAUUUUCACAUCAUUCCACAACGACAUGGGGCUGAAAUGAACCAUAACAUCGGGGUGACCCCCUACUCUUCCGAAAGAUGCAAUGGGCUCACAGUGCAAACGAUCCAGAUAUAUACACUGGACGUCCAUUUUUUCAAGUCCUUAUUCGAGAAGUGCCGAUGUUAAGGCUGUAAGGCCACUCAACUUGCCUGUGCAGUACCAUGCCUAUUGUGCAAUAUCAUGCCUAGAUUGUCUUGAGUCUAAUUUGUUAACAAAGUUUACCAUUAAAAAAAUAUAUUCUUUAAAAAAUUAUGGAAGUGUGUUUUACUAAAUUCUUUCAUAUUAAUUUUGCUUAAUAUUCUUAUUUUGCACCAAACAGCAAUUACACACAUUGGACUACCAUGGUUAUUCAAGGGAAGGUGGGGUGGGGAGGUUUAUUUAAGGGAAGGAUGCAAUGAAAGAAAGCAUUUGUUACUGGUGCAAACUGAAUGUGUAAUGUUCUAAUUAAACCCUUCAUAUCGUGAGAAUGAAGGGCUUUUAACUACAUAUUAAGAAAGUCAUUAAAUUUUACUAGAGAACAUAACACUUGAUAGAAUACAUGGUAAUAUAAAUGUUGCUUUUUGUAAGUCACUUUAGUAAAACAUCCACUUGGUGGAAGACUGUUGUGUGAAAACUGCCCUCACUCUCAUCCCCCACAUACAUAUAUUUUAGAACAUACAUUUAUUUAAGGGAUUGGGCAUGUUUCUUCAAAGUUGAAAGUUUAUUUAAGUAAAUAUAGUAUGUAGUGCUCUAAUAUCUCAUUUGAGACUUGAGGAUUGGAAAUAUUUUUAGUUUCUGUUUUUGACACUGAUUGAGAUUGGAUGACUUCUUAUCAGUAAUCAUCAAGCUACAAUUUCACCCAAGUAUAAUAACUUUGUUAUUUGUUAACUAAGUUGUUAUAUUUGAAUGGAACUCUAGGUUGAUUAUUAAGAUGUUUGCUAUUCAAUAAUCUUGUCAUAGGUUCAAAUAUAAUAUAGAAAUAAAUACAGUUAUUAAUUAAAUUCCAAACAUGAUUGAAGUUAAUAUAAACAUGGCAUGAACAGCACCCACUGGUGCCAGGACUGGCCCUGUCAUGAUUUUUCCGUGAGUGUUCCUGGGCUGUCCGGUUGUAGGAGUUGGUUAUACUGAUGCUAGUUCACAAAGCCUGAUAAACUCAUGUUGAUAACAUGAUGAUAGCUUGCGCAACAUAUCUGGUUUUACAUUUUUUUGUGUUAUUCAUAAUUAAAAUCCAGAUUAUAGACUGUUCAAAUAUCUGUUAUUAAAUUAGUUUUUAUUAUUCAUGAAAUAUUAAUAGUUUUAGGCUGGUCCAAACAUUUUUUUGUUAUUACAUAUAAUACAUUUUGUUUCCACACCUGUUUUUUGAGAGUUACUUUCUGUUGGAUGCAAAAGGAAGAAUUAAAGUUUAUCAAAGUGCAAUAAAUGUAAAUUGGUGAUAUUUUGUCUGUAACUUAUUCCUGCAUAUCUCAGCACUUUGUCUUCUGUCAGGUGUUGGUUGUUAUUUUUUAAAUUAUUUAGUUUUUAAAUUAUAUAUUGUAGUCUAUAUGUGUAAAAAUUUGAUAUUGUGAUAUUAUAUUCAUUUUUUAUUAAUAUAAUUGUAAGCUUGAAAAUAAAUCAUUUCUGCUUACUUCUUUCGCUACUGGCUUGAAAUUUCUUGACAAAUAUUGAUAAUUUGAUAUUCAUGUUGUUUGGCCUGGGUAGAUCAAUAUACCAGCAUAAUGAUGAUGUUACCUGAAAAAAAACUGGUGGCAGUAAGAGGAAUUAAUUUUGUAUUAUUUGGCAACAGCAGCAUGUAAAUACUGCAAUAUUUAAGUUGUAUGAAAGUUCAACUCAAUAUAUUUAAAUGUACCUUGAUAUUCUAUUCACAUUUUACUAUUGAUAUUUUAUGGCCAAAUAAAAAGAAAGGUUUCUUGUCCUGGUUUGUCACAAAGGGGAUAAGGCUCAUUUUUCCUUCAUAUCAAUGGCUAUUACCACACACUCAGGCCUUGGCCAGGCCCACAUAGGUACUUGUUGCCAGUUGAAACAAAUUAAGUAUAUCUGCCUGCUAUUCUAUGUUUGUUAGGGAGCCUUGCAAUAGAUAUGAUUAUACAACUGAUAACUAAGCAUAGUGCUCCAAAGCACCGAUAAAGAUGUUUCUUGCUAUUGAUAGUGUUACGAUAAAUUCCAUUAUAAAUUUAAGUAUAAACAUAUUACUAUUAAAAUAAAUAUUUAUAUAAUGUAACGUGUUAUUAACAAAACUCACGUUCAAAAAAAUACUGUUUAAUUUAUAAUAAACUGUUUCAUUGAAGUAACGAGGUACUGUAUCAUGUAUUUAUAGAAACCUUGCUCGCCAAGAUUGAUAUGUAAAUAUUUGUACUUAGUUUAUAUUAUAAAUUUAGAUAUAAAAAUAUCUUAAUGUAGAAAUUUUUAUGAAAAUGAACAUAUUUUAUUUUGAAUAUAUAAUCAGGCAUUCAUUAUAUUAAUUAAUUUUUUAUUGUUCUUCAUUGCUAAUUAGAAUUUAAUGCAUACACUGUACUAUUAUAUACAAUUGAUCAUUAUGUUCAGAGUUGUUCAUUGCUUUGAUUGUCAAUGUCUUGUAGUUAUCGCUGGAUCACUAUACUAAUAUUAUGUUGUAGUUUGAUUUCUUUGUACAAGUUGUAUCCCUAUUCUAUUAUUUUGAUGUGUGUGUCAGGAAAUCAAUUCCUAUUCUAAUUGGCGGAAUAGUACAAUCCUGAACCGUUGCAGCAGUGUGAGAUUAAAGGGCCUCUAAAAUAGAUCAAUGUGGUGCUACCAUGCUCAUUGCGUGGCUUAAGAAAUUGAUUUGUUGCCACACAAUACCCUGACAUGGGCAAGAUCUGGACCCAGGCUUCUGGUAUUAAAGGGGAAGUGCUUUAAACAAUCUCCAGCCAACUUCUUGGUACUUGCAAUACUUAGGUCUCCCAUAUCCUUUUCCCUGGAAAAUAUUGUAGUAUUUGUGAAUGUAGGUUCACUGCUGAUUUGUGCCAGUUUAUUUUUUAUUUUUAAUCCCAAUACAUUUAUGUAAUUCAAAUAGCAUUUAAAUAAAGUAUGCAAUUCUAAUAAAUCUGAACUGUUUGAUACAUGCCUAAUUAUCUUGUACACUUUGCAUUUUAUAUUGGCAAACAAUAAACUCAUCUAAAAUUUUAA